UGCAUUUGAUGUACGACGCCUUCUGGCAGCCAAGUUGGAAGACCACCACAUUAAUUCUAGAAUCAGAGACUUAAUGUAGAGUAGACCUACAUAGAAAGAAAGACUUAGGUAUUGUUAAAGAUGUCAAAGGUAAUCAAUGCCGAGCCAGAUAUGAACAAGAAGGUCAAAUUUGACAGAGGUGAGAUGGAGGAGAGGAUUGUAGAUAUCUACGUCAGUGCAGACACCCUGAGAGACGGUGAGACCAACACCAAGAGAGAAGAGACAGCAGACACUGCUCCUAAUAAUGGACCAGGAGACCAGCACUCAGUACAUGUUCAGUGGUGGAAGAGACCCUCUGGAGUUGCUGUAGUGUGUCUGGGGCUGCUGUGUGUUCUCCUACUGGCUGGGAUCAUAGGCCUGUCUGUCUACUAUGGAGUCAUUGGUCAUCACAACUCAACACAGAUAGACCAGCUACAUACCAGUUACAACAACCUGACUAAAGAGAGAGGCCAGCUACAGUCCAGUUACAACAUCCUGACUAAAGAGAGAGACAACCUACAGUCCAGUUACAACAACCUGACUAAAGAGAGAGACCAGCUACAGUCCAGUUACAACAGCCUGACUAAAGAGAGAGACCAGCUACAGUCCAGUUACAACACACUGACUAAAGAGAGAGAACAGCUACAGUCCAGUUACAACAAAGAGAGAGAUUUUCUUAGUGGGAGGUCUACCAAUCUCAAACAAACCUGUCCUGAAGGCUGGCAGAAGUUUGAAUCCAGUUGGUACUUCCUGUCUACUGAGACUAAAACCUGGAAGGAGAGCAGAGAGGACUGUCUGGAGAGAGGAGCAGACCUGGUGAUCAUAAACAGUGAUAAGGAACAGGAGUUUCUCUUCAAACUCAAGAAGACAGUCUGGAUUGGUCUGACUGACUCUGUUACUGAGGCGACCUGGAGAUGGGUGGACGGCACCCCACUGACCACCCCAAGGUACUGGUCUCCUCAUCAGCCUGAUAAUGGUGAUGGCAAACCAGAAUAUGGUGAGGAGGACUGUGUUCACAUGCGUAACAAUCAGAGUCCUCUGGAGGCGUGGAAUGACUUGUCAUGUGGCAUCAAACUCGGCUGGAUUUGUGAGAAAGUGCUUUAACAUCACCAUGACAACAUACUGUAACACAUACAGUAGCCUACAGUCCACACAACUUCCUCCUUCAUUCUCUCUGUCUGUCUCUCUCUCUCUCUCUCUCACAGACACACCAUCACACACCCUCAUUCACACAUGCACUCGAACACAUGCAUGCACGUACACUAACACACACACACACCUAUUGUUGUAUUUGUUUGUGGUAUCAUUUUAAUAAAAAUCCUUCUCAUUU